ACGGCCGCCGCCGCGGAAUGGGCCAGGCGUCGUCGGUCCGCGGCUCUGCCGCCGCCGAGGCCCCGUCUGGACCGGACCGCGUUUAUUUUGGCGAGCAGUUGAGCGGAUGAGUGAACUUGGCCCAGCGGGAGCGCGCUCAGGGCGCAGGAAAUUGCUUCUCUCGCCCCCCACGCUCGUCGUAAUGAAUGUCUGGAGCAGCAGCGGCGGCAUGGCGACCGCCAUGGCUCCGCGCAGACGGCCGGCGGCGCCUGAAACCGAAACUGUUUACCCCUCGCGCCGCUUGAUUGACGGCGGCGCCACGGGCGGGCGCCCGCUCGGCCGCCGCCUCCUCCGACAGGUGUCUCGGUGGCGGCGGAUUUGUGACGUCACGGACCGCCAUUGUUGGUACGCGAGGCGCGCGGCUGGCUUGCGUCGGCUGCGCGGCCCCUCCCACCGCCGGGUUGGGUUGGCCGGGCUCUGUCCGCGCGACGUGACCCUCUCCCGGCCGGCGUCGGCUCGUCCCGCCGGCGGCCGCCGGCGCCCGUUCAGUCGCGCACCGUUGGGCCGGCUCCGCGUCGUCUCCCGAUGCUGUCGCUGCUGGGAUGUCGGGCCGCGUGUGGCGGCGGCCCAUGCCUGCUGCCGCUUUUACUGCUCCUCCUGCUCGCGGUUUUCCCACAAGCCGCGACGCUUUCCUUUCGGGGAAGCAGCCGGCAACCCGUUCGAGGCCGGCUUCGUGCGCACUGAGCGCGAGGACUACCUCGUCGAGCCGCUAGAGCCGCCGCGGGGUCAUGACCCCCAGCCUCAUCUGGUGUACAAACGAUCCGCCCCCUCGGGCGGCGAUUUUCCCGAAGAGUGGCUGUCGCGCGCUCAGGAUGUCGGCGGACGUCAGGCCUUGCCGUCCUUCUGCGCCACCAAAGGAGCUGCGUCCCCCGCCCACCACCACCACCACCACCACGGAGGGUCCCGUGCUGGUCCUCGGGAGCGCCAGCGUCGGCGCCGCCGUCGUCGCUCGGUGAGCCUGGAGCGUAACGUGGAGACGCUGCUGGUGGCCGACCGCACCAUGGUGGAGUACUACUCCAACGAGGACCUCCAGACGUACCUGCUCACCGUGCUCAAUAUGGUGUCCACGUUGUUUCAUGACGCAAGCAUAGGCAACGCCAUCAACGUGGUCCUGGUCCGCAUGAUUCUGCUGGAGCCAGAAGCUGCUCAGGAGGAGCCGCUGCCGUCGUCCGAGGAGCUGGACCAGCUGCGCGUGGACGAGUCGGCGGACGGGACGCUGAAGAGCUUCUGCCGCUGGCAGCGGUUCGUCAACCCGUCAGACGAGAGCCACCCGAACCACCACGACCUGGCUAUCCUCGUCACCAGGUUCAACAUGUGCGCGCCGGGGCUGGAGCUGUGCUCGACGUUAGGCCUGGCCGAGGUGGCCGGCAUGUGCCAACCGCAGCGUAGCUGCAACGUCAACCAGGACUCCGGGCUCACGCUCGCCUACACUAUCGCGCACGAGAUCGGCCACAACUUCGGCAUGAGCCACGACGGGCCGCACAACGGCUGCCAGGCGCCGGCGGGGCUCCGGCAGCACGUGAUGGCGCCCCACCUCAGCUCGGACCCGUCGCCUCUAGUGUGGUCCAAUUGCAGCCGAGAAGAGAUCACGCGCUUCCUCGACCGAGACUGGGGCAGCUGCCUCGACGACGAGCCGCGGGCGCACCAGUUCACGUUUCCGCUGCUGCCACCGGGCGCCAUGUACGACGCCGACCACCAGUGCCGGCUGCAGUACGGACCCGCUGCCCAGCACUGCGAUGGCAUCGAGGAAGUGUGCCGGACGCUGUGGUGCCGUCUGGACAACAAGUGCGUCACAAAGAUGGAGCCAGCCGCGCAGGGAACCGUCUGCGACAAGAACAAGUGGUGCUACCUGGGCGAGUGCACCGAGAUGGGCGAGCGUCCGGAGGCCAUCGACGGACACUGGGGUCCGUGGUCCAACUGGUCCGAGUGCUCGCGCAGCUGUGGAGGAGGCGUCAUGGUCUCCGAAAGGCACUGCGACCACCCGAGGCCGGCCUAUGGUGGACGCUACUGUAUCGGAGAGAGGAAACGCUACAGGAUGUGCAACACUCAGAGCUGCGCAGAGGACGCGCCAAGCUUUCGUGCCCUGCAGUGCAGCCACUUCAACAACGUCUCCUACCAAGGGGAGCUGUUCAAUUGGUCUCCUGUGUCGGCGCCCGCCACCCCGUGCCAACUGCACUGCAAGCCGGACGGCAAGUUCUUCGCGCGUGUGCUCAAGGAAUCGGUGACCGACGGCACGCCGUGCAGUCCCGGAUCCCGGGAUGUUUGCAUCAACGGCAAGUGCAGGCGCGUCUCCUGUGAUUGGGGCAUCGAGACGAGCGCCCGGGAGGACCGUUGCGGCAUCUGCCACGGCGACGGAACGCGCUGCAUUACCGUCCACAAGGAAUUCAACCAGAAGGAAGGCAUCGGCUACACGGAGGUGGGGCGCGUACCCAAGGGCGCUCGCAACAUCCGCGUCGAGGAGCUGGGCGCCUCAGGCAACUACCUGGCCGUCCAGGGAGCGACGGACGGCGAGUUCUUCCUCAACGGCGACUGGCUGGUCCAGUGGAGCGGCGAGUACGCGGCCGCCGGCACCACGCUCUUCUACCAGCGACAGGGCGAGCGGGACACGCUGCACGCGCCGGGACCUACGAAGCAGGAGCUGGUGCUCUACCUGCUGUUCCAGUCCGAGAACCCCGGGCUCAAGUACGAGUACACCGUGCCCGAGCUGAACGCGAGCCGCCGUCCCGAGUUCCACUGGCGCUGGUCGGACUGGAGCCCGUGCACGGUGACGUGUGGCGGCGGCUCGCAGGAGUCGCAGCCGCGCUGCUUCGAGAAGGAGGCCGGCCUCGUCGAGGACACGCACUGCGACCCGGCGUCGAGGCCGGCCACGCGCCGGAGGCCCUGCUCGCGGCAGCCGUGCCCGGCGCGCUGGUGGACCGGGCCGUGGCAGCCCUGCUCGGCCACCUGCGGCGGAGUGCGGCGCCACACCGUGCUGUGCGUGCGCUCGCGCGGCAAGGCCGACCAGCUGGCGCUGCGCCAGGAGGCCUGCGACCCGACCACCAGGCCCGACGACACCGAGCCGUGCCCCGACGACCCGCGGUGCCCCGGCGCGGUCGCGGUGCGCAACGGGACGGCCGGGACGGCGCUGCCGGAGGUGUGCGGACCGGACAGGCCUGACCUCUGCGCGACCACGGAGCUGCCGGUUGUGACCGACUCCGCACCUUGCAGCAACGACGCCAGCAACGACACCGGCUGCGAUUCAAGAUCGAGGGACGUCCCUCCGCGGCCCACCGCGAGCGUAGUAGACAUUCAGUCCAACACCGUGCUCGACAUACCUUUGGGCGACGCGCCUGGUGAUUUCUGGAACCUGUCCGGCAUAUCGGGCCUGCCCCAGAUCUUGGACCUUCCGGUGCCACGCAAAGUGGUGGUCCUAGAGGACGCUCGGUACGCCUGGCGGGCAUCCAAGUGGUCUAAGUGCUCUCGCGUGUGCGGCGGCGGGGAGCGGCACCGGCGAGUCAAGUGCGUGGACAAGGUGACGCAGAAAGAGGUUCCCCAGAAGUCCUGCUAUCUCCACACGCAGCAUCUAAAGCCCCCGGAAGAGUCCACGUGCAACAUCGACCCGUGCGUGCCGUGGCAAACGUCGGAUUGGUCAAGGUGUUCAGUGAGGUGCGGACCGGGCACGCGACAGCGCGAAGUGAGCUGCCCGCUGCGCGACCGGUGCGACCCGGCGCGAAGACCUUCCAACUCGAGCGCCUGCAACCGUGGGCCAUGCCACGACUCAACGCCCGGUUCUUCAACGCGGCUAGUACCUUAGAGAAGGACGGCGGACGGAUCCCGAUUCGGGAGUUUUCGAUGCCCUGUUGUCCCACCUAGCCCUCGGGCAUUUGCCGGCUGUCCACCGUGGGCUGCUGCGUUGCCGCCGCCUGCACCCGUGUGAUUUCGUGGUUUUUAUGAUUCAACGUGCAGUCGGAUUGUUGUGGAAAGCCGUCCGCGCCCGUCGUUGGUACCAAAAGUGCCAGCGCGUUAACACCAUUUACCACCAGAUGCAGAUACUGUGGCGUGUCCCUCUCUCUCUCUCUCUCUCUCUCUCUCUCUUUACGGAAGUAUAGCACACCAAUUUCGUUGUGCACGUGACCUUAAAAGUGCUAUACAUUAUACCACCCAAGUGUGUGCAUCUCUAUAAGGAGCGAGCGAGUCCGUGCAGCGAGUUUCCAAGAGUUCGUGGACCGUUGCGAGUGCGGUGACCGAUUCUUCAUCCAGCCUCUUCUCGUAUUUCUUUUAUCCUUUACAUAAUAUAAAAAGAAGCGUCACCAAUGCAAACGAGAACGCCCGCCAAAUCCAGCCCCCUACCCUCUCCUGGCGCAUCACCCCCGUCCGUCAUCGCCGUUGCUCACGUUCCAUUUCUCACCAAGCACCCUCUCCGCUCACGCCCCCCACCUCCUCCCCCCACUUGUGUUUUCGUAUGUUGGCGAUAGUGACACACCACCAAUGCCAAAUAGUAUUGCGCCUGGCAUUAUCGGGCUUUUCUUCGCAACCCCUUCACCCGACUGUCCACCGAAGGAGCCACCCUCAUGUACCGGGUGGUGGAUGUUAUUGUUUAUGGUACAGCGAAGUACAUACCUUGUACCUGUGACUCCUUUUGAAACGUUCAAUGUUUGUUGCUGCGUUGCAGCAUUUUUUUUUUUUCAAGUUAUAGCAAACGACUUGAUGAAGAAGAAGAAAAGUCGCAGUUGCGACAGAUAUGUUCGAGAGCACGCGUGGUGCGUUUACCUCCCUUUGUAUAUUUAUAUAUAUAAAAUGGCAACGUUUCUCGA